UCAUUGUUUUCAUUUCAAAUCCUUACAUUCUACCGAAUUAGUAAAUGGGGGAGGGGGGUGUGCAGCUUCUGAUACUUCAAUUUUUUCUGUAAAUUUAGGAAUAAUUAUGUUUGCUGCGAGAAAAAAAGGGGGCUGGCCCCUCCCCAAUCCUAUAUGUGCCUGAUGGUUAACUUUACAAAAAAGGGAAGAGGGAGGGGGCUAAGCCCCCCUAGACCCCCUCCCCGGUUCCGAAACCAAUGCAAUAUGGAGGUGCCCCAUACUACUUUAAUAGCUCUAUGUUUUAUUGAAUACUGUUCCUAACCCCCCAUCCCACUCCACCAGGGAAAAAAAAUAAAACGAAGAGGUGCUGAAAUUUCAUUUCAUAAUUUAAUUCUGCAAUUUAUUCUUAUAAUUACAUCAAGGGCAAAUUACUCUAACUGCAACAAAUAUAUAUACGACCCUCCGCGCUAUGAACAUACUUUAUACUAAAUAAAUACAUAUGUAUAUGUAGUACUAAACCAUUUUCAAGUGAAAACGAUUGAAAAGACCGUAUCAUAUAUACAUGUAUACUCUGUAUGAUGUAUAAAUGAUAGCCUUGUAUUUGUGACUGUGGGCGACACUUUCUUACCUUAUCAUGUCACAAAAUUACAAUACCAAGCAAUUCAUGUCAUAUUAGUAUUAUAAAAUCCGAUAAUUCUUUUCCAGACCAUGUUUGACUUGAAAAUCAAAUAAUUUUUCACAAUUAAUGCACUAUUCCUUAGAACUUUUGCUUAAAUUAGGGCAAAACUUCUUUUAUUUCAAUAUAACAGGCUGCACUUAUUCGUGCAAAGUCAAGUUAAGGUCAAAACGCACCCACGUAAUGUCUACCAUUAUCACAGAGAUCGGAGUGUCUGUAAUUCCUACAGUAUUAUAAUAUUAAAUCUGGACGAGAAACCAUGCGUUAUGUCUUAUAUUUAUGCAUCUUGUGCGGUCUUUGGCCAUUUUCUGCAAGAGCUCAAACGGACUUGACUAGAGUAGCGGAUUCGUACGGGCCUCUGGUUGUGGAAUCAACCAUACAACUUCUUCGUGAUGCCUGUCUUAUUAAGGACCAUCUACUGUUGGAGCGAAUCGCAGCCUUUGAAACCAACGACGGGCUUGCAAGAAUUCCAGGUGAUCACGGUGGGAUAUGGCAGGUCGAUGAGGAAAUGUUUAAUUUGACCAAAGCAGGGACACCAGAAUUAAAGAAAAUUCAAGACGAAGUCUUCAAGAAGCUCUUCGUCCUAUGGAAUGGAAUAAACUGGAAAGACUUAAACAGACCUUUAUACUCCGGCCUGGCAGCAGCGAUUUACCUCAGAACGAAAACUAACGACUCUAUACCGCUUUCCAAACCCGACCAGGCCAAGUUUUGGAAAACACAUUUUCGGACAAAUGGAAAUGAGCAGAAUUUUCUUACAGCAAUGCAGGCCAUGCCAGAAGGUUGUAGCAUCCCAUCACAAGUAGACCUUGCAUUCGUGGUGGAAACGUCAUCAAACGUCAAACCUAUAGAACUAAGGCAGUUUAAAGAUUUCGUGAAUAGAGUCAUAAACGGACUCACUGUGUCAAGCUUAAAGGUUCAAGUCGCUGUUGUAACGUUUGGGAGCCAAGCUAAUGUGCUGUUCCAUCUCAACGCUCACUCCAAUAAAAUCGACGUUGUAUCAGCCAUUGAUUCAAUAACACAGAGCGGUGGAUCUGUGGCUACCGACGUGGCGCUAAAACUAACGAGAGAUGACGUAUUUAACGUCAACAAUGGAGCAAGAAUUGGGGCCGCCAAAGUGACGGUCCUUUUAACCAAGAGUCUUCCAGACAACAGGGAAGCCACUGAGCAAGAAGCCAUUCUUCUUACCGACCAUGACGUCACGUUGUUUACCAACGUCAUCGGCCCAGGGUUAAGUCCAAACGACCUUAAAAAUAUAAGUAGCCAGCCUAACUGUGUGCAUCAUAACUAUUUAGAGCGUUUUGAUGAUUUGGAAAAUUUUGCCGUCGAAAUGGAUCAGGCUAUUUGCCAUGCACCGGCUAUAGUGUCCUCUGGAACGCUCACCCACCCAUGCAAUGUAGAUACUCUACUCUCUAUACCAGACAGUCCUUAUGGAACGACAGUUCAGAUUUCAGUGGCGGGUGGGUCAAGAACGGCAUAUACGUCAUACUUAUAUGGACUGCCGAACACAGCCAAGAACGACUUAGCUUUCACAGUUGACAGUUCAAAAGCGUUGACCCUCUAUCUCCAUAACAACAGCCACAACUAUUUCAUAAGUCUAAAGAGUGUUUUUGGUUUGCUCUGCAUGAAUAACUAUACCGUGGAUGUUCAAGUUGGACCACCGGGGUCUGUUACGCCUGAUACCAUAUGCAUAGAAAAGGGCGUGAAAAAAGACUGCUCCAACGUUACAAUGAACUCGACCCCAGCAACCACUACUACUACUACAACGAUUACGACUACGACGGUUUCAACCACCCAAUCCACCCUAACAACACCGCCGACUUCAACUAAACUGCAUCAGACGACUUCGAAUAUUUGUGUAGGGAACAUCACGACCGCCCAACACCCAAGUGACCCAACCAAAUUCCUGAUGUGUGACAUUAAGGGCCAGAUUCUCGUAGUUCAAUGUCCACAUAAUGAGACAUAUUGCGCGUCUACAAAUCUCUGCGAAGCCAAAUGUCUCACCACGACUGCUAAGAACAGCCAACUUUCGACAACUCCGAUCGUGGCACCCACGUCGCUAGCGCCCUCAACAAAAACCACGACCCCAAAGAGUCCGAUUAUUAUUAUAGUUUUGACCACUGGUCCUCCAAUAAUCGUAGCUACUGGGUCAGGCUCUGCAUCCUCCACUACAACCAUUCCUGCACCUCAACCUACUUCCUCCCCUAAUACUGGUCCCUCUACAACUAAAACUGUUGCUUCCUCUACAACUCAAACUGUUGCCACUACAACACUAAAGACAACAUUAACAAGCCCUGCUCAUACUCCGUCUGUUCACCAUACAACAACACAUUCCACAACCAAUUCAAACUGUCACAAAAACCCGUGCACGGCCCAUGCUCUGAUGAACAACUUUCUGUAUUUUCCCGCCUGUGACGAGCAUGAAUAUUAUCAUUGUUCAGGUAUAAAUAUGAUGACUACCGAGCACUGUCCACCUGACAAAAUCUUUAAUCCAAAUAUUUUGAAUUGUGUCAAUGAAUUCGUUUUCAACGAGGAUACUCAAGUGUUUGAUAAGACGGUUCCGAACCCUUGCAAAAACGCACAGGGGGAUAUGUACUUUAUUCACCCAACUGACAAGACAAAAUUUAUUCACUGUGAUGGGUACUGGAAUGGUUUUAUGAGAACGUGUCCAUCUGGUGAAGUUUUUAAUCAAACAACUCAGACGUGUGUGUCUUUUGUCAGCUCCGUAUUUGGAAAAUAAAUCAUAUGAUGUACA